UCUACAGUAGCUAAAAAAACCUGUUUGAUAAUUAAGUACAAUAAUUUGUCGUACAGCGCAGCUAGAAACUUCUCCAACAAAAAAUAAUAAUAGUAACAAUAAUAAUAACAAUAUAAUAAAAUAGUAAUAACAAUAAAUAAUAUCUGCAUGGUGUUACUUGAAUAAUUAUAAAAAUAAAAAACAAAACAAUUGUUACAUUUUAGCUUGACAUUUUAAACUCUUUAACAAACAUAAUUUAACUUUAAACAAUAAAAAAUUUAAUAUGGCUAGUUCACCAGGUUAUGAACAAGUGUACAGAGGAAGACCAACCAAUUCAAGAUCAUUUGAUGAAAAUUUAUCAAAUAAUUAUUAUGAACGUGAUAUUAUAAUAAGACCCCUAGAUGUUACAAAUUUACCACCAAAUUUACCAAAUGAUAAUUCAUCUGAAGAUAAUGAUAUUGCAAUUAAAAAAUCAAUUGGCAUUGGUUGUGGUCUAGCAAGUUUAAUAACUCAAAAUUUAUUAAUUCAUCCAUUUAUUGUAUUGAGAAGACAAUGUCAAGUAAAUCCAAAUGCAACAACUUAUCAUCUAGUACCAAUAACACUUAUACCAGUUAUAAUACGUUUACAUCAUACUCAAGGAUUAAAUACACUAUGGAAAGGUAUUGGAUCAGUGUUAAUUGUACGUGGUCUUGCAUUGAUGGUUGAUGAUUUUAUUUCAAAAAUAACUCCAUGGCCCAAAGAAGUAACAAGUGAAAGUUCAAUAAAAUCAUUUGGUCAACACUUGAUAUUAAAAUGUAUUUCAAUUGGUAUUGUUGCACCAUUUUAUUCAGCAUCAUUAGUUGAAACAGUACAAUCUGAAAUAGCAUCAGAAAGACCUGGUAUACUUGAUGUAUUUCGUGAUGGUGGAAUACGUUUACUUGAAGUUGGUAGUAAAGGUAGAAUUAUUCCAAUUUAUGCAUUGCUUGUGCCACAUAUAACAUAUGGAAUUGUUAAAUAUUUAUUUGGACUUGUUGUUAAGGGUGUUGCAACACGUUUUAUGAUUGUUAGAGAUAGAAAUUUACAAGAAAAACAAGGAGCAUAUAAUAAAGAAAUUAUAUCAGAAAGUACAAUGCAAGAUAUUGAAUUACACUCAACAUUAAUAUCAAUGUGUGCUGCUGAAGUAUUAUUUUAUCCAUUAGAAACAGUUGUUCAUAGACUUCAUUUACAAGGAACUAGAACAAUUAUUGAUAAUCUUGAUACUGGACGUAGUGUUACACCAUUAUUGACUAGUUAUUCGGGUGCUUAUGAUUGUUAUAAAACAAUUAUUACAAAUGAGGGAACACUUGGUUUAUACAAAGGUUUUGGAUCACUUGUUAUGCAAUUUGGUAUACACUUUUUAGUAUUGAAAGCAACCAAAUAUGUACUUACGGAAAUUGGCACAAUGCUUAGACCCAAACCAAAAAUUAUCAAACCAUCAACAUCAAUGCCAAUACAGCCAAUAUACUACGAUGAAGCUUAAGCAAUUAAUUUGUCACUAAAUAAAACAAAAAACAUCAUUAGUAUUUUAUAAGUGAUAUAGGUAUAUAUUAUUUUUUCUUUCUUUUGGGUAAAUCAACUUCCUGUGUAAUUACCAGCAUCAUGAUUUUUUUCUUUUCUUCUUUUUAUAGAUUGAUUAAAUUUGUUUCAAUGAUUUUUAUUUUAACAAAUAUCUUUUUUUUCUUGUAUUUAUGCUUUUUUUCUUUUUUUUUCUAGUCAAUUUGUAACUUUAAUUUUGGGUGAUUAUAAUUAAUCAUAUUAUGUAAAUUUGGAAAGUUACAUUUGACAUAAAUUUGUACAAAAAUUCAUCAAUUAUAGUUAAUAAAAAAAAUUAAAUAAAUUA